AGUAGUUGGUAUAGUCCGAGACGGUAUGGCUGCGGCACUUCGGCCCUCGAGUCGAGUUCUCCUGCAGGCACCGCAGAUUUCGAUGUAUCCUGGGGUGGGAGGCUCCGGCUCCGUCAGCUGCCGCUGCCCUCUCGGAGCUAAAAGAUACCUACUUACAGAUAAUGUGGUGAAAUUAAAAGAAUUUCAGCAAAAGAAAGUGGCUGUUGCAUGCAGUCUUCCUGGCACUAAAGAAACUUAUUUUAGAAACUUGAAAGAGAAGCUGACCCAGAACAAGCUCAUCUUGAAGGAGGAGUUGAUAACCUUACUUCAUUUGUGUGAGUCCCGGGACCACGUGGAGCUGGCUAAAGAUGUCAUUUACAGGUACCAUGCAGAGAACAAAAAUAUCACUUUGGGGGAGUAUAAGUUUGGACCACUUUUUGUGAGGCUGUGUUAUGAGCUGGAUCUCGACGAAUCUGCAGUGGAGUUCUUGAAAGACCAGCAUUUACGAGGUUUCUUCUCAGACUCCACAUCAUUCAAUAUUUUGAUGGACAUGUUAUUUAUCAAAGGCAAAUAUGAAAGUGCUUUGGAAGUAUUGAUAGAGAUGAAAAACCAAGAUGUGAAGUUCAGCAAAGAUACCUAUGUUCUUGCUUUUGCAAUUUGCUACAAACUGAAUAGCCCUGAGUCUUUCAAAAUCUGUACUACAUUAAGAGAAGAAGCUCUACUCAAAGGAGAAAUUCUCUCCAGGAGAGCAUCCUGUUUCGCUGUGGCAUUAGCUCUGAAUCAGAAUGAGUUGGCAAAAGCUGUGUCCAUUUUUUCUCAAAUCGUGAAUCCGGAAAGCAUAGCCUGCGCUAAUUUAAAUGUUAUAAUCCAUAUCCAGUCAAAUGCAUUGGAAAACCUGAUAGAGACUCUAACAAAUGCUGCGGAAGGAAAUUUAUCAAAAUUUGUGAAAAGACAUAUGUUCUCAGAGGAAGUGCUGGCCAAAGUGAGGGAAAAAGUGAAGGAUGUGCCUGCCCUUGUGGCCAAAUUUGAUGAGAUCUAUGGGAAACUACACGUCAGUGGCCAGGUCACCAAUUAUUCUUUGGAUGCUGUGCUCUGCUACACCCCCAGGGACAAGAAAUCCCACACAUUGCUGUUAAACAAGAGGAUGGUCAGCCGUCGCACCUUCCGGCCACUCAGCCAGUCCCUGUUGGCUGAGUAACACUGGUUUCAGUCCACCUAUGGAUCUGAGGGGCCUGCUUCUAGUGAGUUAUUGCCUUUCCUAAGAAGUCAGGCAUCGCACUUCAGCAGACACUGUACUGACACUUGGUCUCCUCCUGAAAUUCCCAGAUUCACUGAAUGGUACCAUGCCAACCUGUGAGAAGUUAUGUUGCAUCACUGUGAAGGUCUAGAUGCAAGCUUGGCUCCCUCAGAAAGGCACUUCCCUUUUGCACUGCUGAGGAUCCUUGAAGGAACAUGGUCAGUCUCCAGUUCAGCUUCUGGCACCAGAGUGGAACCCAGUAAGCACCAUCAGGAAUGAAUUUCACUACAACUGUGGACAACUCUGAUUUCCAAGGGAGUAGUUACUUGCAAAUUACAUCCUUGCUGAAUUCAGGAGGUCUAAAACCCUACUCUACCAUGUUAGAAAACAGCCCAGGAUUUUCUCAUUGCUCUGCCAUCAUAUAUAUCUAUGACUAGAGCCCUCAUUUUUCCAUCUGCAAAACAAUAAUGCCUAUGUGUAUUUGCAUAUAGAUUUGAAAUCUUCAUUCAAGGUUCGGUAGAAUCAGAUUUUCUCAAAAAUAAGAUAAAUAAGGUUCAUAAGCAAACUUGAUGGGAUUGUGGUUGUUUUGUUCUCUCAGCAGCACAAACAAAACCAGAAUUUAGCCUUUAGGACUGCUGAAUAAGCCAAAUUUAAAUGAUUACUGCUUUGAUCAUGGGUAAGCCAUGUGCUUUUCAAAAUAAGUGCCACUAAAAGCCACAUAAUGCUUAGGUUUCUAUGUGGAUAAUAUUUAGUCCUAUAGUUUAUCUUAUUUGUUAAUGAUUUUUCUCUCUUGAAUGCCUCAUAUUAAAAAAAAAAAAUGUGCCAUGAGAGCAGUUCAAACCUGCUUCAUACUUAUGAUGGUCUGAAAUAUAGUAUGUGUUGAAUUUUA